AUGAGUGAAGCUCCAAGGGCAGUCAAGAGAAGGAGGAAGGUCGUCAAGUCCUGCACAUUCUGCAGAAAGAGAAAAUUGAAAUGUGAUCAUGGGAAGCCCAUGUGCAACCAAUGCUUGGAGAGGAAGCUACCCAAUUGUCUCUACACGGAUCACUUCAAUUUCCAGUUAACGACUGACGAGCUGUUUAGCGACUCACCUAACGUCGAGCUCAUUCGCAGGAUUAACGAGCUGGAGGAGAAACUUAAGGACUUUGAAGGUGGCGCAGUGAGUGAUGGUACUCAUUCUUCAUCGACUCCUAGUUCUGGCCGUUCGUCGAUAUCAACUGGUCCCAGAAACAAUCCACUCUGGGCCUAUAGGACUUUUAUACAGAUGGAUGGGCAGUGUAUUGUUUUCGGACCCACUUCGUGGAGGACAACGGUAGUGGCUCAAGGUGACCGGUUCGUGGCGGAAUACAAAAAACUAUGGGAUAUGAUUAUGCCCGAGAGGUGCAAAUGGAUGAGCAGUUCGUGGAAGACGCAAAAGAUGCCGAUAACACCUGAGGAAGAAUGUGCGACAGGCGCUCUUUGUAAGGAGUUACCAGGAUAUCAAGAGCUGCGGAAAAGCGUUAUCAAAUACUUCGAUGACGAGUACCACGUAAUGUUUAAGGUGUUGGAUAAAGAGAAAACUCUGAAUGAUUUGGAGCGUUGCUUCAUCCGCUCUCCGGAUGACCAGGAUCGUGUGAUAGAUAUAAUUGCACCAGAUGGCGAUGGUAAUCUCUGUAAGGCGGCGCUGAUCCUGAUGAUACUGUGCUUAACGAAACUUGAAGGGGCACCACCGCCUUUAUUCAGCAAAUUUUUUACAUCAUUGACCGCGUUAAACUUGUCUACCAAAUUAAGUUUCGUCGAGAGAUCGCAAUUUUUGCUGCUGCGAUUUUUCAACAAUGUCUAUUACUCGUACGUCUGCGAGGAGGCUCCUCAGGUAGGCGGUAUGGUCGCGGAACUGUGUGAGUGUUCGAUGAAUUUGGGGUUGGCAGAGGCGAAUACCUACUACAAGGGCAAAGAGAGUGAAGUUGGGCCGCUUUAUACCCUAAAUAACGCUUGGUUGUGGACCUUGUACGCGGAUGUACUGGUUGCUUUUGAGUUUGGCAGGCCACUUCUCAUAUCGGAUGACCAUUUCGACCCUGAGACACUAAAGCUUUAUGAGCAGACCGAGGAAGAAUGCGGUGGUUUGCUGCGCAGAAGACGCUUAAUGCUCAUGAAAUUCAUACAGGUCUCCCGUUAUUGUAUUAUGGAAAUCAACUCACGAUCAAGUUCUGGUAACAUCGAUGUGGCGAUAGAGCAGCUGAUAGCAUAUAUUCAAGACAAUCUUUUACCGAUACGAUGUUACACUUCGCAGGAAACAAUUCCAACUGUUGACUUUUUUGAUGUCACUGUUUUGGCGCCGAGCCUCGGCAUGUUGUUAAACUUUCAUAACAUUCAGCGAACGUGGUUGAAUUCUCCUCUGACUACGGUAAAGAAUGGCUUAGUCAAGUUUGGGCUUCUCUCACUAUCUUUAUCAGUGAACACAAUCCUUGGUAUUCUCGAAAGGGACGCCGGCAAGGAUGGCCAUAGGGCGCUGCAUUUCGCAUUACUGCUAGUAAAUCCCUUACUGAUGAGGGUGCUUUCUGAGAUGUAUUCUGCCUUCUUCUAUAAACUUUCUCUCUUCGAAGAUGGAUUGAUCAAAUCCAUCGAUUGGGGUACUUGCGCAGUUGAACUUCAUAACUUGGAUGUGCCGACUUCGGAAUACUACUCGUUUGUUGGAGCCAUUAAUAUGUUUAGGGAGAUGAUUGAUGAGCUCUUUGAACCCUCGAAAGCUCACUUGCAAGCUUUGUUCUUCAAAUCCCACGCAAUUGCAACCACAUUGGCGUUGGAGAAAGUUAGCAGAACUCUUUUUGACAGGGCCCGCGAGUCGAGAACGAAAGCCGAGAAUUAUUGCAGUUUCACUGAUGAAGGAACUAUCUCACAGGAGACGUUGAAUGAAAUGACUGAUAUAUUUUGGAGCACUUACGAUCAACAAUCUCAGGAUCUGUGGUCCAUGAAGCCACAAGAUUUUUGA